AUGUCACUACCACCUUCUACGCUAAACCAAAAGAGUUCACGUGUAUACUCAGUUGCGCGUGUGUAUCAGGAUGCAUGUAGUCAACGGCCUCAAGAAUACUGGGAUUAUGAGCAAGGUGUGACAAUUGACUGGGGCAAGAUAAACAAUUAUGAGAUUAUAAAUAAGAUUGGACGUGGCAAGUAUUCGGAGGUUUUCAGAGGGAAAAGUAUUGUGAAUGAUCAUCCAUGCGUCAUUAAGGUUCUAAAGCCAGUGAAGAUGAAAAAGAUCUAUCGAGAGCUGAAGAUUUUGACGAAUUUGACUGGGGGUCCGAAUGUGAUUGGGUUGUUCGAUAUUGUACAGGAUCCUGGGUCGAAGAUUCCAGCUUUAAUUUUUGAAGAGGUCAAGAAUGUUGAUUUCCGGACGUUAUAUCCUGCGUUUACGCUAUCAGAUAUCCAAUACUACUUCAAGCAGCUGUUGAUUGCUUUGGAUUACUGUCAUUCGAUGGGAAUUAUGCACAGGGAUGUUAAGCCUCAGAACGUUAUGAUAGAUCCUACAGAACGUAAGUUGCGUCUUAUCGACUGGGGCCUUGCUGAGUUUUAUCAUCCAGGUGUCGAUUACAACGUGCGUGUAGCUUCUCGCUACCACAAAGGCCCAGAGCUGCUUGUAAACCUUAAUCAGUAUGAUUACUCGUUAGACCUCUGGUCCGUGGGAUGCAUGCUUGCGGCCAUCGUUUUCAAGAAGGAGCCUUUUUUCAAAGGCAGCACUAACCCAGAUCAGCUGGUUAAAAUCGCGAGGGUUCUUGGUACCAAACAACUGCUUGCCUACUUGGACCAUUAUGGUCUGACACUACCUCAUGAAUACGAUAACAUAAUGAAGGACUUUGAGCCAAAACCUUGGAAUUACUUCAUAUCAAAUGAUACCCCCUUAGCUAUUCCGGCAAUCGUUGACCUAAUUGAUCAUUUGCUGCGCUAUGACCACCAAAAACGUUUAACUGCUAAAGAGGCUAUGGCGCAUGAGUUCUUCCAAAAGCAAUUCUCCCAGUGA